AUCAUUAUUCCUUAUUUCUUGGUCAUUACGAACAAUGCUUGAUGAUGCUACAGUACCUUAGCUCCGAAUACCCCCCCCCUGUCCUCCCCCAUUCCGAUUUCUGGCCAUCGUUUUAACAUCGAAGUCUCCUUGAAGCACAGAAGGGUUCAGCCAUAACAUAAUAUUAUCCCCGCGGCAAUUGAGGAUUAGGCCUAGCACUGUUGCUCAACAGCUUGCUCAACUCACAAUGGAGUAACUUUCUUUCAGAGCACACUCUUGUCUCUUGUCCUGAAGCUCACAAUCUCAAAAUCUCAAUAGAGCACCAGAUCACAAUAGUUUUGUGCAACAUGUUCAAUCAUUUCUGGAAAAGGUCGAGCAAGAGGAAUGAGGACAAAGAUGCCAUUUCGGUGUGCACCAGCAGAAGCAGUGGCGGUUUGAGGAGCAGCAAAAGUAAGAAAUCGAGGCCGGAAAACAAGAGUAAGAACAAGAAAGAUGCCGCUGAAAUCAUGACUCCAAACGAACAUGUAGCCGAAUGCUUCCUUGCCAAAGUGAAUGCCCACGCCUCCACUGAAGAACUCCUUUCGUUUUUCACAUCCAGUGAUGCCCCAAUCAAGUUUGAUGACAGCGAGGCCAUGAAUGCUAUGGUUUUGGCUACAGAACUGCAGAAAGUGUUUGCAGGAUUUGAGGAUGUUACUUGGAACUGUGGCUCUAUCAAAGAAGUCAAGCCCAAUGUUGUUCUUCUUGAUGACUUCUACUUUACUGGAACUCACACAGGUCCAUACCAGUUUGCCAACUUUCCUUCUGUGGAGGCUACCCACAAGAGCAUUGUGUUGGAUCCUGAGCGAUGUUGGUUUUAUAUGAAGGGUGGCAAAUUCAAAAGGGAGGAAACCAUCGCUUUGGGGAACCUUACUGGACCCCCUGGCAUUUAUAUCACCGUUGGAGGAAAGAUGGACAGUCCACCUGGAGAAUAAAGUAAUGGAGGAUGUGUGCCCUGUUGCUGUGUGAAGGCU